UAUUUAUUCCUCUGGUUUUCUGUUCCUUCAGAUCUCCCAGAGCAACACGUCUGUAAGGAGGAGGACGAGGAGGAAGAAGAGGAAGAGGAAGAUGAGGAGGAGGAAUUCUUUGAUGAGCGGGAGCCUUUAAAGAUUAAAGAGGAGCAGGAGGAGCUGUGCACCAGUCAGGAGGGAGAGCCAUUUAGAUGCAUAGUGAAGCAGGAGAUCGAUGCCUUUAUCCUGACUGCAUCUGAUGAGGAGAGUGAGCACCAGCUCCUCUCUCACAACUCUCAAGGAGCUGAGAGCCAAGAUCAGGUAGGAGGCGAGCAAGCCUCAGGAUCAACUAGAAGUGCAGAGCCAAUACCACAGAAUCAACAUUUUGAAAGCAAAAGUCCCAGUAAUGAUGUAAACAACACUAACUUGUCAGAGAUGCACAGUGAUACUCACACAGGUAAACAGCUUUUAAUAUGCGUCACAUGUGGAAGAGAUUUUAAAUUUAGAUCAUCGCUGGAGAGACACCUGUUAAUCCACACAGGUGAGAAGCCAUUUUCAUGCAACCAAUGUGGGAAAGCUUAUCAAAGUAAUAGUCACCUGGUAAACCACAUCAGAACCCACACAGGGGAGAAGCCAUACUCUUGCCAAACAUGUGGGAAACAAUUCUGUCGACCAUCAGAAUUGAAAAACCAUAUCAGAAUCCACUCAGGUGAGCGGAACGAAUUUCCCUGCCACACAUGCGGGAAGAUAUUCACUCAGAAAUCAGUAUUGAAAAUUCAUAUUAGAACCCACACAGGUGAGACGCCAUAUUCUUGCCAAACAUGUGGGAAAAGUUUCCGCUAUUACGGUCACUUGACAGAACACAUGAGAAUCCACACAGGAGAGAAGCCGCACACAUGCAGCUUCUGUGGGAGAGCUUUCAGGCUUAGAAGUAACUUAACAGACCACAUGAGAAUCCACACAGGGGAGAAGCCGUAUCCUUGCAGCUUCUGCGGUAAAGAUUUCAGUUCUAAAAGUAACUUGAGGAGCCACAUGAGAACCCACAAAGGGGAUAAGCAGUUUUCUUGCUGCUUCUGUCAAAAAGAUUUUAGAUCUAGCUGUAACCUGACAAGACAUAUGAAAACGCACACGGAGGAAGCGCUGUAUGACGUCAGCACAGAGGCUCCAGAGACUCAAGAGAAUCAGGAGGAAGCCAUUCGGGAAAACCUGUAAAUGGAUUGGUUAUUCAUUGUGAAAAUGUUAAGAAUGUAGUGUACUUGAUGUUCUUUAAACUGAAAAUAAGCAAAACAUUUUUAGGUGUUUUUUAAGGGUAAUCUUCUGGUCAGGUCCACUUAAGAUCAAGCUGGGCUGUGUGUGGCCGAUUAACUGAAAUGAGUUUGACACUAUUCAUAUACACUGCUUCAGCAAUGAAGCAACUGUUGGUAUACCCUUGGAUGUAGUUCUACUUGUGAAAAUACUGGAGCACCCCAAUGACGCCUGCACACAAGUUUGGCAUAUUUCAAAGGAUAUGUAACCACUGUCAAUUCAUGCUCUCCCGCAGGGCCGCCCCUCCCUACACACAGACUGAAUGGGGCCUUAUCUUGCGGAGGGGGCCUCAUCUUAUGCCCAAAUACGGCGCAAUUCAUCUUAUGCGCAAAUGCGUUGCAAUUAUGCGCUCAACAGUUUCCUCGCUGCGAGGCUCCGGCGGUGGCACUAGCAGUUAUCUUAUGCCAUAACUUGCUAACAUGCUUGUAUAUAUUGAACUUCCAACACUAUAUUGAACCCAAAGGUCAAACUUUGAAUGAUUUGUUGAUUACUGUUGUUACAUGAUCAAAUAAAGUAAACAUUUCAUGGUA